UGAUGACGCAUGACGCAAAAUGAGGAAGUGAACUUUGUAGUAGGUGUUAGCAAAUGUUGUUAGCGUAUAAGUUUUGUAUGUAUUUAUUUUUUACCGUGGAGGAGGCACCUCGUGUAAUAAUACAGACUUAGAAAGUGGAACCAAAGAUACUGAACCAAAGAUGACUGAACCCUCACGUGCGAGCUCAAGUUUCACGACCUGGAUGGCACAGUUGGGUGCCAUUGCCUCAAUAAUCUGUGCGAUUGGAGGCGCAGCUCUCUUCGCCUCUGUUCACAAGAUUGAGGAGGGACACACUGGAGUUUACUACAGGGGAGGAGCUCUCCUGACCACCACCAGUAACCCUGGGUUCCACCUCAUGAUGCCUUUCAUCACUAACUUCAAGUCUGUGCAGACCACUCUACAAACAGAUGAAGUGAAGAAUGUACCAUGUGGCACAAGUGGGGGAGUGAUGAUUUACUUUGACCGGAUAGAAGUGGUGAACUACCUGGUACCCUCAGCAGUGUAUGAUAUAGUGAGGAACUUCACAGCGGAUUACGACAAGGCCUUGAUAUUCAACAAGGUUCACCAUGAGCUCAACCAGUUCUGCAGCGUCCACUCUCUACAGGAGGUCUACAUCGGCUUGUUCGACCAGAUAGAUGAAAACCUGAAGCUGACCCUACAGGAGGAUCUGACCUGCAUGGCUCCUGGACUCAUUAUACAGGCGGUCCGAGUCACGAAGCCCAACAUCCCUGAGAGCAUUCGGAGGAACUACGAGAUGAUGGAGGCUGAGAAGACAAAGCUUCUGAUUUCUGCUCAGACUCAGAAGGUGGUGGAGAAGGAGGCGGAGACAGAGCGGAAGAGGGCUGUGAUCGAGGCAGAGAAGUUGGCUCAAGUGGCUGAAAUCAAGUUUAGCCAGAAAGUCAUGGAGAAAGAAACAGAGAAAAGGAUCUCUGAAAUUGAAGACGGAGCAUUCUUGGCUAAGAUGAAGGCCAGGGCCGAUGCAGAGUUCUACACAGCAGAGAGAGCGGCCGAGGCCAAUAAGUUGAAGCUGACGCCAGAGUAUCUGCAGCUUAUGAAGUUCCAGGCCAUAGCAGCUAACAGUAAGAUCUACUUUGGGAGUAAGAUCCCCCAGAUGUUUGUUGACUCUGGCCCCUCCACUAAGGCCUCUGAUGCCAUGGACAUCCUAACUGAACAGAUCCUGGACCUAGACUGAUGGAGGGAUGGAAAGGAGAAGAGACCCAUCCCAGGACUGGAGCUGUGGAGCUAGGACCAUACCAGCCACAAGGUGGGGUGAAAGAUGAGCC